CGGGCGUCCCGACAAUCGGAUCGUCUUCAUGUCGCUCCAGUAAAUAUGCGUCAUUGUCAUGUGAUUCUAGUUGUAUUCCACUUGGCCCUCUUGGCAAAAGGGGCUGUCGUUCGCAAUGAAGACAUUUGCGCAGCUCAAAACGGAAGAAGAUUCUACUUGGAACUUGGUGAUCAAGGAAUACUCUAUGCAAAAAAUGUUUCUUUUAUUAAAAAUGAACCGAGACUCCAAGCAUCAAGAAUCUAUUCAAAUAACAGUUCUCAUGAUCAUUGUAGUUUGGAUCUCGUCACAUGUCCUUCGUGUGUGAUUUCCUUGACUUUCAAGAGCAUUUCACUUUCCCAAAAUUGUGGCGAUGGUAAAUUUAUGUUUGAUAAUCCUUGUAGAUGUGACUAUGUUUGGGUAUCAGAACCACCUUACGAGGAUGUAUCUGGAUCACCAUUUUGUGGAUUCCACCCGCCAAUUACAUAUCGUUCUAAUACGAGAACCCUUUCGAUAAAUCUACUUUACAGCCAAUCGCACGAUCACGCUUUCACCUUAGAGUACACAGCUGAAAGAAAUAGGAUACAUCUAAAAGGAAUAGACAUAUCAGCAGCGAUGGGAAAAUCAAGAAACAGCACCAGUAGUGGAAUACUUACAUCACCCUUUUUCCCAGCAUGUUAUCCUCGAGAUUUAGGGAUGGAAUACAUCAUCACUUGUCCAGCUGAGUCUCCUGCAUGUCGAGUUCGAGUUCUCUUCAGUGAUUUUCAACUAGCUUCUGUUUCCAUCAUAGAGUUUUACGACUGGAAUGGUCAACGACUUGAUGUCAGCAGUGGUGUCAUAUUCCGUCCACCUAUUAUCGUCAGUGCAGGUCCCUCCCUUUUGAUUAGAUUUUAUGCGAAUGGUGGAACAGGUCUUGGUUACAAGGCAUUUUACUCUUUCGUUCAUGGCCAUCUUUAUGACAAAUCUUUACAGCCAAUAACGGACUGUGGUGGAUAUGUUGAAAAUUUGGGUGGUGCAAUUACAAUGAUUGACAUGACUGAUGAAGGAGUCAAAAUCUAUGAUUGUGUCUGGCUCAUCAGACCACCUAAAACUUAUCUACAUAUGAAGACACACAUAUACAUAAAAGUCAUCACGUUUGAUGAUAUGGCUGGAAAUACUGAACUUGUUGUUAAACAAGGACCUACAUCAGCAUUGCUACCUUUGGAAAUUCUGCGACAUCCUGUAAGUCAACUUCAACCUCGUAGGUUAAAAGAACACAUUGCUCCUAUUUCUAGUGGAUUCCAUGUGACUCUUCGUGGAGUAUUUGGUCCGACUUCUCAUCUUGCUAUGGCGUAUGCGGCUUUCAGCUACACAGAUUGUUUUACUGAAACAGACUUUCUUUGCGAGAAUCACAGAUGCAUACCAAUUCAGCUAAGUUGUGAUGGAUUUGACCAUUGUGGAGACAACAGUGAUGAACCAGCUACUUGCACUCAAAACUGGGAUUUGGAGCCCCAAGAUAGGAAGUGGCAGAUUAACAAAGCCAACUACUACUUUCCGAAAAUCGACAGAUAUCCUGAUUUGAAAACAGCUACUCUAGUCUUCGUAGCCAGCAGUUUGGGUUUGAUUACACUGAUAUCUGCUCUUAUAAUUUUGCUUUACAGAAUGGGUAAAAGAGCCAGGCAAAACAGGGAUCUACAAUCUCGUUUGCAGACUAUCAGCGAACUGUUAGGGUCCACAGUUUUUGAUCUUGCGGAUGAUGGUUCAAGAGUUGAGCAGCCCAUGUCUCCGGAUGAUCCACCUGUUUACGAAUAUCCACCAGGCUAUGAUGAAGUUGUAAAGGUAGGGAUGGAGAAUGAACGUUUGAAAUUGAGAAAGAGCAAAUUUAACUCGAGUUGUCGUAGAAGUAGAAGCUGCAAUAACCAGUUCUCGGGUGGCUGUGAAGGACAAUCUGUAGGUAUCUUUCCAGAUGGAGCUGGUACAAGUCGCAGUUAUCAAAGUAUUUCUGUUCUUGAUUCGAGUGUACAAAGAACUGCAACUCCUCCUCCGCCAUAUGUGACACCACCAGGAACUAUUUCAAAAUAUAUGAACCUUCAUAUUCAAUCUUAUUCUGCAGAGUGUGCAGACAAUUUCAAUAACCAUAGUGAUAGAACUAGAUGUGGCGAGAUCGAAAACAGUGAGGAGCAUUUAAAGACAAUAAUAGUUUCUGAAACAGCUGAUCCAGGUCUAACGUCGUCCCCUGAUGCAGAAACACUUGGUACGUAUCUUCAAAACUAUGGUGCGAACUCUUCUGAAAACUCUGCUCCACAGUUGAACAACUGGAAAGAUGCAUCGAUGGACAUCAAUCCAGAAUUCGUCAAAAAGUCAAAAAAUGCCGAGGAAAUCGUGAAUGUCGCAGAAAAUAGAAAUAACAUGACUCUUUUGACUGAAGAAGCUAGUGGAUCUGCAAAUAAUUCCGAAGAUCCUGGAUCAUCAAACUUAGGCCCAGAAACUUCCGCUAGUCAGAAUAAAAAACCAAGGUCUAUGAAACUAAGGAAAAAAUCAGUACCAUCAACUUCCUCUUCAAUUUUUAAAGCAAAUUCUUCAUCAAAUUCUGCAGCAGUCUCACCAACUUCUUUAGCAAUUGCUGCUGCUUCUUCUACAGCUUCUUCACCAGAAGAUACAUCAUCAUCUUUAUUACCAACAGCACCUUCAUCAGAUAACAAAACCGUUACAUCAAAACUAUUCGGAAACUCAAAAAUCGUUAAUAAGUCUCACCAAAGUAUGACUUUAAACUCGAACAAUUUUGCCACAGUUUCUCCCUCUCUUUGCGGUCCAUUUGGCAAAUCUUUUAGGCGAAAUGGUCUCUCUAGAAAAUUUUCGAUAUGCUCAUACGAUAGUUAUGCAACUAAAAUAAGUGCUCUAAGUACCAGCAGUAGUUAUGAAAGAUUACAUGAUGAUUUCGAUAUAGUUUCUGAAGCUUGUAGUGUUAUCAGUUUGAAUACCAGAAUGAACACUCCUAUCAGUACCCCAAGGAUUAUCAAAAAACGACACAUGCCAUUAGCUAAACCUUCUUCUAGUCGGCAUACAAAUUGUGACAUUGAAAGUCUCUAUGAAGGAAUUAGGAUUUUUGACUCCUUCCUAGCUAAAAAUGGAAUGAACUCAGUGAAUUCUUCAAAAAAUUUAUCAAUUGUAACGCUUUUUGGAACACCAAGGUACUCUAAAAAAAGAGUUCCAAAGGCUCGUGACUCUGAACAUGAAUUGGAACGAAAACGAUGUUGGCGUUCUACUGGCGAUAUUUUAUUCUGAUUUCCUAUAUAAAUUAAUU